AUGGCCUCGCAGCGGAUUUCACAUCCACUGAUUCACGGGAAUGCAGGCCAUAUCGCACAAGCCAUCCGCCCAAUGAGCUACCAUGCCCUGACGGAUACAUCGUCAUAUCAUGUCGUAGCCAUCGACUAUCGUGGUUUUGGACACUCAUCUGGAUCGCCCAGUGAGAAUGGCCUCAUCGAAGAUGCGUCGGCACUGGUGGAGUGGGCGACAAAGGUAGCGGGCAUCCCUUCAUCCCGGAUCGUGCUGCUUGGUCAGAGUCUUGGUACGGCUGUGGUCAGUGGGGUCGCGGAGAAGUACUACUCCAAGAACACUGAGUUUGCGGGCAUCGUUCUCGUAGCAGGUUUCAGCGACUUGGCCACAAUGCUCAGCGAGUAUCGUAUCGUCGGAGUCGUGCCUGUUCUCGCCCCUUUCCGGUACGUUCCGUGGCUGUUGAAGCUGCUGCACCGGUUUGUUGUCGACAAGUGGAAUUCAGCAGACCGGUUAGGCAAAAUUGUCGACAAAACUCAGACGAGGCUGCGUCUGAGUCUGGUCCACGCCAAGAAUGAUAAGGAUAUCCCGUGCACGGAGGAUGACAAGCUCUUUAAGGCAGCUGUCUGCGCAGCGGUGGGGAUCACCGAUGAUGAUGAAUUCUUGAAGUGGAAAGAGGAACGAACAGUUCGUAAGAGCGAGGACGCAUUCGUUACGACGUGGAAAUCCACGCCUAAUAUCAUUGUUCGUCAGGAGAUGUUUCCAUAUGGAGGUCACAACAACAUCAUGGGGUACGCGCCUGUUUCCUUAGCCAUCAUGAGAUCCUUCGACCUGUACGGGACAGCCUACGCUUAG